AUGGAGACCGACAAGGGAGUGCUGGUGUACGGAGGUGCGGGGCAGCUCGGCGGCACGGUUGUGUCUCACUUCAAGCAGGCCGGCUACACGACCUACUCGGUCGAUUUCCGACCCAAUGAGGAUGCCCAUCAUAAUUUCGUGCUCUCUCCCGAUGUGCGCACCAAGGAGAACACUGCCAAGGUCGUCAAGGGCCUCAAGGACCAGAAUGCCACUCUUGAUGCGGUGAUCUGCGUGGCCGGCGGCUGGCUGGGCGGCAACGUGAAGGAAGAGUCCAUUUUUGACGGUGUGGACAAGAUGUUCGAGUUCAACGUGCAGUCGUCCAUCGCGUCGGCGCACAUCGCCGCCAACUCGCUCAAGGAGGGCGGCGUGGUCGUCCUCACCGGCGCCGAUGCUGCUCUGGGUCCCACUCCCUCCAUGAUCGCCUACGGUAUCACCAAGGUAGACUCGUCGGUGCUGGGCAUUCUCCCGAUCUGCCUCGACACGCCCACCAACAGGAAGUCGAUGCCGGGCGCCAACUUUGAUGAUUGGACGCCGCUGCCCGUCGUCGCCGGCCUGCUGCUGGGCUGGGCCGAGGGCAAGGACAGGCCCAAGUCGGGCACGCUCAUCUCGAUCGCCACCAAGAACAAGGAGACCCGCUUCACCGUCGUCCAGCCCAACGCCUAA